AAAGAAGAGUUCCGGACAUUGCAUGAGUCACUCGAUUGAGAGGAAAGAAAACUCAAAGGCGUCGAAAAACAUCUGUGAAAUGAUUCAAAAAGCAGUUAUUCUUCUCGUACUAUAUGUCUUCAGUUUCUUUUCUGUUGACACUCGAAAUCCAAAUGAAAACUCCGGAAACGGCUAUCGUCUGAACCGAAAGAUAAAGCGUCACUCAAACGGACUUCCAGAGGAAAACUCUGGCAAUUUCAGAGCCAUAGCUAAUGACGACGGAAAAGAUGAUAAACUACUCAAAAGUGAUUUCGAUUCAAUUUUCGACGAAUCAAAUACCAAUGCCUACGCCGACGCCAAUUCAUUGACCACAACUGUUACCACUACUACUCCUAAUACUAAUUCAAUACUGAAAUUAUCAUUUAUGACUAAAUGGUUGGAUAGUAAUAAAAAAUGGACUCAAAUAUUCAACAGAAGACAUCCCAACAACGGAACGAUGACAACAACAUCUACUACUUCUUCUUCUUCAUCAUCAACGGAACCGACAAAGACGACCAUUUCGUCAUUAGUCUCAACAUUGAAAACUUCUAACUCUUCGACGACAACGACAAUGACUACGAAGAAAAAGUUUUGGGGUUUGGGUUAAAAAUAAAUGUUUUUUUUCUGAGAUCUCCAGAGACUGAAAGAGAGAGAUCAGUCAUUUCAGAAAUAACUAACUGAUUGUCUAAUUAUGUAAAUCGAUUGGUCUUUCCUUUGGGAAUAACAAAGAGGAAAAAGAAGUAGUCUUUUGGGAGAAAUGUUUUUUGAUUGAAAUGCAUUGAG